AUGACUAAUCGUCUGAUUGAUUCACAGUCUAUGUGACCGUUCUGCUCCGCCUACUGAACGAUGCUCAGAGCUCAGGUAUGGUCGACCCGGGUGACGUGGAGGUGGUGGAGGAAGAGGAGGAUGAUCAGGGGCCACCGGGGGACUUCCAGGGCCUCGCCCCCCCAGACUACGAUGAGACAGCGGGGGGGCUGAAAAUGGGGAGGGCCCCCCCCCCCCCGGCGGCCUGGUGGGGUCUGCUGGAGCCCCAGAUGGCUCAGGCUCUGCUGGACAGGAUGGAGCCUCAGCUGGCUCAGACUCUGCUGGAAAGAACGAGACCUCAACAGGCUGGACGAGUUCCAUCAGGACCAAUCAGAGGAGACCAGGAUUCUAUGAGACGUCUGGUUGCUAGGUUACUGUCCAGCAUCGGCCCAAACGGUCUCCGCGUGAGGAGAGACCUGUCAAUCAAAGUUGAGCCCGUUAGCUCCGCCCACAGGAGAGCUGAGCCCGUUAGCUCCGCCCACAGGAGAGCUGAGCCCGUUAGCUCCGCCCACAGGAGGAGCCGCCGCUCCCUCGACGUCGCUCCUCCGUCGCCUAGCAACAACCCCCCUCUGCUCAGAGUGAAGCGGCUCGAGGAGGAGGAGCCCCACCCCCCUGCUGCAGGGCUGCAGAGGAUGAAACGAGACGAAGAACUGCAUCAUGGGAGUCGUAGGCGCCGGAGAAGAACCGCGAACUAUGACUCCCAAAUACUAAUUGAUCAGAUCCUAGAGUACAUGAGGGAGUAAGAGGAGAGGAGGAUGGGAGAGGAGACGAGAGGAGAGAGGAGACGAGAUGAAAAAGGAACAUGGAAAAGUAAGAAGACAGAGACAGAAGGGGAGCAGUCAGUUUGGAGAAGUAGCAAGGGAAGGCAAAACAGAGAGGAGAGGAGGAGAGAGGAGAGGAGACGAGAGAGGAGACGAGACGACGAGAGGAGACGAGAUGAAAUAGGAACAUGGAAAAGUAAGAAGACAGAGACAGAAGGGGAGCAGUCAGUUUGGAGAAGUAGCAAGGGAAGGCAAAACAGAGAGGAGAGAGGAGACAGGAGAGAGGAGACGAGAGAGAGAGGAGAGAAAAGAGAGGAGAGGAGGAGAC